AUGGACCCGUCCGAAGUGACGGUGCUGGUCGUCGAGGACGACGAGUUCACGCGCAUGGCCACCAUCGACAUCCUCAAGUCGUGCCGCUACACGGUCUUCGCGGUGGAGAACGGGCAGCAGGCGCUGGACGUGCUCGUGGCCAACCACGCCAAGUUCGACCUCGUGCUGUGCGACGUGAUGCUGCCCGUGAUGACGGGCAUCGAGCUGCUGGACCAGAUCCAGAAGCACAGCGCCACGCUGGGCCACAUCCCGAUCGUCAUGACCUCGAGCAACGAGGAGAUGGACGUGGUCACCUCGUGCCUCAGCAAGGGCGCCAAGGACUACCUCAUCAAGCCCAUCCAGGUCAACACGGCCAAGACGCUCGUGCGCCACGUGUGGCUCAGCCGCCGCCUCGAGCGCACGUCCAACAAGAGCAUGUGGCAGGACAUCGAGGUCAUCCGCACCAUCGGCAAGGGCACGCACGGCACCGUCGUGCUGGCGCGCCGCAAGUUGGACGGCGCCGUCGUGGCCGUCAAGCGCGUGCGCAUCUCGCAGAUCUCGGAGAACGGCCGCAAGCAGGCCGACAACGAGGUCAUCCUGCUCAAGUCGCUGUACCACGUCAACAUCGUGCGCUUCUACGACCACUUCCUGGCGGACGACGAGCUCAACAUCGUCAUGGAGUACUCGGACGGCGGCAACCUGCGCCAACUGGUCAAGCUGCGCGCGAGGGAGAAGAUGGGCCCGUUCCCGGAGCCUGUGAUCAUGAGCUGGUUCGCGCAGCUGGUGCUGGCUGUCGCGUACAUCCACGGCAAGAACGUGCUACACCGUGACCUCAAGGCGCAGAACGUCUUCCUCACGCACAAGAACGUGGUCAAGCUGGGUGACUUCGGUAUCUCCAAGGCUCUGGCUGGAGACGCCACGGCCAACACGGCCUGCGGCACGCCGGAGAGCAUGUCGCCGGAAAUUUGCCGUGGCGAGCCGUACGGCAAGAAGUCAGACAUUUGGUCCCUCGGCUGCAUCCUGUACGAAAUGAUCAUGCUGCGCCGCCCGUUCGAAGCUUCGACGCUGCCAGAGAUCUUCACCAAGAUCUGCAAGGGCGAGUUCCCGCCGAUCCUGCCGUCCUUCUCGCGCGACCUGCGUCUCCUCGUGCAACUCAUGCUGCAGCAGGAUGCGUCCAAGCGCCCGUCGAUUGAAGAUAUCUGCCGAUUCCCGUUCGUGCAGAACCCCAUUCAGGCUUUCCUGUCAGAGCACGUGUCAGAGUUCCAGGAAGCGCUGGAGCUGGAGGCCAAGCUGCACCAGCCAUCGUUGUACAGCGCGGGCAACCCGCCGGCGCCCUCGGUGUCGCCGACGCAGCAUCGACGCAACCACAACAGCAGUAGCGAAACCCCGACUAGCGGCUUCGGAGACUCGGCCCCUGAUUCAGGUUCUCAUGUUUCCACCCGUAGUGAUAGCUCCAGUAACGCUGGAGUGAACAACGGUGAUCUGCGCAACUCGGCACUCGCUGGUGUUGCGAUCGGUCUGGGCCCGGACUCGAUUCCUGGUUCGAAUGCGCGACCGCAACAGAACACGGAUCUAUCCAAGAUUGCGGUGGAUUCUCCCGGGUAUGUGGAGGAUAACUUUGCUGACAAGCUGCGCGCGCAAGUGACCAUUGGUGACGUUCGUGUUGGACUAUUUACCACCUACACGGCGUGUGUUGCAGCGGAUGAACUUGUCCGCGUGCUGAAAUCCAAGUUCAACAAGACGGAUGAGCAGGCGGCCAAAAUCCUGGCUGAUCUUCUCAAGACGCGGGUGCUGAACGUUGUGUUCGCGGAGGACACCACACACCCGGACCUGGCCUCGAGCGGCACUUACCUGCGUUUCCAAGUGGAUGAGCUGUUCGUUCCGUUGAACAUGAAGUACGUUUGCGUCGACGAUGUCCAGCAAGGACCCAUGGAGGUGUGUCUCCGCGUCCGUGAGGCUAUCGCUGAGCUCCACGCUCUCAAGUCGUUCCCGCGGGGUAUUGCUACUGGCUUUAGUCUUCCUAAUCACGUUUCGGUCACUGGAAGUAGCGCCACGGAGUAUUUCGAUGCGCCGUUGUGCCAGAAAUACCGUCGUUUCCUGAAGUUGGCGUCGAAGUUGCAGAAGGUUGAUGUCGGAAGUCUGCCCAAGCACGAGCGUCAGCCCUUCUUUAUCAAUAUUUACAACGCGAUGGUGCUUCACGGUCUCGUCGAGUUCGGUGUGCCGCAGAACAUCGGGCAGUACAAGGCUUUCGAGCGGGAUGUGGCCUACACGAUUGGAGGACUAGACUUCACUUUGGGUGACAUCAAGCACGGCAUCUUGCGUUGCAACCGGAAGCCGCCGUCGAAUUACUGGGAGCGCCAGCUUCAGGCUCAAGACCCGAAGCUGCAGUUCCGGCUGCACAUCCGUGACCCGCGCUCACUGCUAGUGCUGAUCGACUGCGCGGAGCCCCUCCCGACUGCUGAAGAUGUUCCUAUUCUCAAGCCCGGUCGUACGGAUACCGACUUGGAGGAGCAGGCCGAGAAGUUCUGCGAGCGGCUGGUGGAGGUGGACGAGCGUGCGGGUGAAAUUGUGCUGCCGCGUGUACUUCGUAUCUUCCGCGAUGAUUUUGGGUCUUCGGAGGCCGAAAUGGUGUCGUGGCUGGUGCAGUACAUGGAUAACGCGCCGGCUAACAUUGUCAACUACCGCGUGAGAUAUCAGACGGGCAUUUCGUCGUGAAUGGAGCGAUGUGCCGAGCACUCUCGUUGAGAGCGCCUCUGUCCGUGUUGAAGUGGGUGAGCUCGCAGGCUGAGCCCGUUCACUUCUGGUUACACAUCUGGGAGUCGGCUGCAAGAACCCCCGUGUGUGAUGGAGUAACGUUUGUUGUGAAGGAUGGUUAUCAAGGUUGACUCAUACCUUGAAUGCUGU